AUGGCUCCUACGGAGGCACCCAACGGGCUCUAUGCCCGCCCGCGCGCUCCCAAGGCCGCACCAACGACCGCGACCGUCGCUGGCAUCAUCAACCGCGUUGCCUCUACGUCAAUCUCACCGCCAUCGCCGCCUCCGGAGAAGAGUCUGUCGGCCCAGUCUCCUCCGGCCUCGUUCCAGUCCUCGGCUGAGUCGUCAGGUUCCCUCUCACCCAGGGCUGCACCGGCUGCGAAGCCUGACAUCACGCAGGUGUUUGCUGGCAUUGACGCCCGGCGACGCUCGUCGACCUCCAGUACAGGCUCAGUCGACGGGACCCACCUGCGCACGGCGUUCCGCAACGCUGCGACGAGUGUCUGGGUCAUCACCUCUUCUCAUGCGGGCCAUCCAGUCGGCUUCACCGCUAUCACGGUGAACAGCGUGUGUGUCGACCCGCCGAUGGUGUCGUUCAACGUUGGAAGGACCUCUUCCUCGCUCGACACGCUUUCACGUUCGCUACGCUUUGCCGCGCAUCUUCUACGCGAAGACCAGGGACACAUCGCCACGCGCUUUUCAGCCACCACCUCGAAGCGCUUCUCGAACGAUGAUUGGAGCUGGGGCGAGGAUGGCCUACCAAAACUACCCUCGCUCGCCCGCUUCAGCGGCGAUAUCGUUUCAUUUAGCGUAGCGGGUGACAACCUUCUAGCCAUUGGGCGCCUGGACAACAUCACCCUCUCGCCAGGCAAGCCUCUCGUGUACCACGGAGGUGUGUACGGCUCACUCACACCGCCGCCUUUAAAGAAGCGCAUCUACCUCAACGCGUUUGACAUGUGCUGUGUCGGCCACCAGGCACCCGGCAUGUGGACGCACCCAUCCGACCGGGCGCGCACCUACAAGGACCUUGAGUACUGGAUCAACCUGGCCCAGUUGCUCGAACGCGGAGGGUUUGAUUCUCUAUUCCUCGCUGACGUCGUCGGCAUCUACGACGUAUAUCGCGGCAGCCGCGACGCGGCGGUCCGCUCCGCCUCGCAGGUGCCGGUGAACGAUCCCGUUGGGCCGAUCAGCGCCAUGGCAGCGGUGACUAAGCGCCUUGGCUUCGGUGUCACAGUGAGCCUUACGUACGAACUUCCGUACGCCUUUGCGCGUCGCAUGAGCACUCUCGACCACUUGACAAAGGGCCGUGUUGCUUGGAAUGUCGUCACAUCCUACCUUAAGAGCGCCGCGACCAACCUCGGCCUCGAGACGCAAGUACCGCACGACGAGCGAUACAACAUCGCCGAGGAAUUCAUGGAGGUGUGUUACAAGCUCUGGGAGAACUCGUGGGAGGACGAUGCGGUACUUGAGCCCGCCGAGGCCGCAGAGAAAGGUAUCUACGCCCACCCCGACAAAGUACACGACAUCGAGCACGAGGGCAAGUACUUUCACGUGCCAGGUGCACAUCUCUGUGAGCCAAGUCCGCAACGCACACCGUACCUCUUCCAGGCAGGCGCGAGCACAAAGGGGCAAGCGUUUGCGGCUAAACACGCCGAGAGCGUGUUUAUUGCCGGGCCCACCGUGCCGCACCUCAAGAAGAUUACGAGCGGCAUCCGCGCCAGCGCGCGCGAACAAGGCCGUGACCCUGCCAACGUCAAGAUCUUCGCUCUGGUAACAAUCAUCACCGGCUCAACCGAGGAGGCGGCCCAGGCCAAGUACGACGAGUACAGGCAGUAUGCGAGCAUCGAGGGUGCCCUCGCACUGUAUGGAGGGUGGGCAGGUGUCGACCUGUCCACCAUCGACGUCGACCAACCGCUCGAGUACGUCGAGAACGAUGCCAUCCGCUCCGUGAACCAGAUGUGGAGUAAGCAGGGGACAGGCGACGAGGUGUGGACGCCGCGCAAGAUCGCGGAGAAAAUAGCCAUUGGCGGGCUGGGCCCACUAAUCGUCGGAAGCGCAACCAACGUUGCCAACCAGCUCGAACAGUGGAUCGACGAAGCUGACCUCGACGGCUUCAACCUCGCGUACGCCGUCACACCCAACACAUUCGAGGACAUCAUUGAGCACGUCGUACCAGAACUCCGCCGUCGGGGUCGAGUCCCCGAGCAGGUGCCCGACGCGCCCCGCAAGACACUCCGCGAGUCGAUGGGUGGGCCCGAGGCGACGGCGUACGUCACACCCGACCACCCCGCAUAUAAGCACAAGAGGCGACAACUGUAG